CUUCUCCAAGAUGGCGGCGGUCGGCGGCGCUGAGGAGGGAUCCAGGCGAGCCGAGUGAAGACCUGGUCCUGUAGACGGGAAGGAGCCUGGACACAGUGACACAUUCUCAAAGGCCCUGCAGGACCGCCAUGGCUUAUGAUGACUCCAUGAAGAAAGAAGAUUGCUUUGACGAUGAUCACAGCUUUGAGGACAUAGGACUGGCAGCUGGCCGAAGCCAACGAGAAAAGAAACGUUCUUACAAAGAUUUUUUAAGGGAAGAGGAAGAAAUCGCUGCUCAGGUCAGGAAUUCUUCCAAGAAGAAGUUAAAGGGUAGUGAACUUUACUUCUUGGGGACGGACACACACAAGAAGAAGAGGAAGCACUCCUCUGAUGAUUACUACUUUGGAGACAUUUCGUCUUUGGAAUCGUCACAGAAGAAAAAGAAAAAGUCCAGCCCACAGUCUGCCGAUACAGCUAUGGACCUAUUGAAGGCUAUCACUUCCCCACUGGCAACAGGCUCCAAGCCCUCCAAAAAGACAGGGGAGAAAUCCUCUAGUUCUUCAAGCCAUUCAGAGAGUAAAAAGGAACACCACAGGAAGAAAGUAAGUGGAAGCAGUGGGGAACUAUCCCUAGAGGAUGGUGGCUCCCACAAAUCCAAAAAAAUGAAACCACUCUAUGUGAACACAGAGACACUGACCCUUCGUGAGCCUGAUGGCUUAAAGAUGAAGCUCAUUCUCUCACCAAAGGAGAAAGGAAGCAGCUCAGUUGAUGAGGAGUCUUUCCAGUACCCCUCUCAGCAAGCGACUGUGAAAAAAUCCUCUAAGAAAUCAGCUCGGGAUGAGCAAGGUGCUUUAUUCCUAGGACACGAGUUACAGAGCUUUCUGAAAUCAGCCCGGAAGAAGCACAAGUCAUCCUCAGACCCACAUUCAUCUCCUGGCCCUGAAGGGUCUGAUGUCUCCCAGUUCCCAGAACCCAACAGUGCUAACCUUGAUCUUUCAGGGAUUGAACCUAUUCUUGUAGAAUCAGACUCGUCCUCUGGUGGGGAACUAGAGGCUGGGGAGUUAGUGAUAGAUGAUUCUUACAGGGAAAUCAAGAAGAAGAAAAAGUCAAAGAAGAGCAAAAAGAAGAAGGACAAGGAAAAGCAUAAAGAGAAGCGACACUCCAAGUCCAAAAGAAGUUCAGGACUUUCCACUGCAGCAGUGGGAGAGGUCACCAUGACACCUGCCCCUCCUCCCAGCAUCCCAUACGCUGGAGCAGCUGCCCCUCCUCCACCACUUCCCAGCCUCCACACAGAUGGGCACAGUGAGAAGAAAAAGAAAAGAGAAGAGAAGGACAGAGAUAGAGAAAGGGGAGAAAAGCCAAAAAAGAAGAACAUGUCGGCCUACCAGGUGUUUUGUAAAGAAUAUCGCGUAACCAUUGUGGCUGAUCACCCAGGUAUAGAUUUUGGGGAACUUAGUAAAAAAUUGGCUGAGGUGUGGAAGCAAUUACCAGAAAAGGACAAACUGAUUUGGAAGCAGAAAGCUCAAUAUCUGCAACACAAGCAGAACAAAGCAGAAGCUACAACUGUGAAAAGAAAAGCGUCCAGUUCAGAAGGUUCCAUGAAAAUAAAAGCUUCUUCUAUAGGAGUACUGUCACCCCAAAAGAAGUCCCCACCCAGCACCAUACUGUUACCAACCUCACCAGCCAAAGCCCCUGAGACAGAGCCCAUUGAUGUUGCUGCUCAUCUUCAGCUGUUGGGAGAGUCCCUAAGCCUCAUUGGACACCGCCUGCAGGAAACUGAGGGAAUGGUGGCUGUGUCUGGCAGUCUGUCAGUGCUUCUGGAUUCCAUUAUCUGUGCACUUGGCCCCUUGGCAUGUCUGACCACACAACUACCUGAAUUGAAUGGCUGUCCCAAACAGGUCUUGUCAAACACACUAGACAACAUUGCUUACAUCAUGCCUGGACUCUGACAGCAAAGAAUCCUGGGACAGAAACCUAAUCCUACUCCAUUGCUGGUUUGUGUAUAUGUGACUGUUCCAAACUCCUUCACUGGCCUCGGUGUAGGUUUUAAAUUUUUAUAUAUGUAUAUACACACACACACACACACACACACAUAUAUAUAUAUAUGUAAAAUGUACAAUAUAUACAUAGGACUUUAACUACUUUGCUUUUAAUAAUUUUACGAAAUGGCAAAGGUUUAGCCAAGAGUAAACUUUGGAAUGAAUUGGCUUAGAAUUCUUUUUUCUCCUGUGGUGGAUAAAUCUGCCUUAAAAAUCAAUGUAACUUGAGGGCUGGGGGCUUGUUCUGAGUGCCAAGUGCAUCUCUUUAUGGACAGCUAAAAUGUGAUUUUUUUCCAAAGUCAGUUGUACCUCCAGACCCAUCACUGACCAUUUGCCUUACCUGUCUUAUUGUCUGAAAUCUAAUAGGAAAGAAAGUUAUGGGAAGAUGCCAAUUGACUGAAAGUACAAAGCCUUUCAACUUGAAGUGAUCUAGGUGAAAGGUGAUAAAAAUCGUUCCCAUCUUGUGGUUAUUGAGAUGGCUUAGGAGAACUGAGUAGGAAGUUCAUCCCAAAUCUUACUUCAUAUGUAUCCAUGUCUCAAAAUUCAUUGUAAUCAUUGGUACCUUUGGCAGCCUCAACAGAGGCCAAGGAGUUAUGGGAGCCCUGGCAGUAUCAAAUCCUCAGAGAGGGCAAUGCUGCCAGUGCCACCUAUUGAACUGCGUAUAUUCUGAGCUAACCCAGAAUAUUUUUAUCUGCAAAACUAAGAGCUGGUAUCUUUCAUGGGCAGCAUUAAGUUAGCCAUUGAGUUCUCACAAAUUCUGCUGCUUGGUUGCUUGGUGGUUGUGGAAGAUAAACUUUGCCCUGCAAGAUUCUUGGGUUCAUCUUACUGUUUCCCCUGGCGGGCAGAUACAGUGUUGUGUAUUCCACACAUAAGUGAAUUGCAAAAAGAGCACUCAAUUUUCACGGAGGUUUAUUUAUGUGCGCGUGUGAAUGUGUUUUAAUUAUGUGUAUUUAACUCUUUAAAAUCUCUUAGAUUUUAAUUUAUCCUGUAAAUUUCUGUAUAUAUAAUUUAAUAACAAAAGUGUCCACCAGCAGCAGCAUGUGGAAGAUACAGAUUUGUCAUUUGUUCCUUCCUUUCUUCCUCUGGUCUGCUCUGAAAACUCCAAAUCAUCUACAUUUUAAGGCAUUCUGCCUCAAAAAGGAAUCAUUAUGUUAGAAUUCUAAUUCUUUAUAAAGACCUUCAUGGCCUUUGAUAAUGUCAAAAAAGUGAAAUAAAAAGGAAUGGUACCAUUCCCAGCCACCCUAAUUUCCAAAGAACCAGACUUUUGCUUCCCAGUUGGAGAGAAGACAGUUGAGCACUUCAGGGUUGUUUUUAAAUUUGGUUUGAGAUUACCUGCCAAAACCUAGCUCUGAGGUAACUGUGUUUUUUUCCCCUCGCUUAGAUGGAGCACUGCGGCAUUAAAGUAAGUCCUUGGGGACAGUGCAGCUAGUCUGCAUCCUAUUUAAUUCCUCCCACUUCCCCCCAGCAGUGUUGUCACAGGGCUGUUUCUUAAAGGUAUUCUGGCUGCUGACUGCCUUUCUCAGCUCAGAGCAGUUUUGAGAUUUAACCUGGGAAACAAAGGAGGAAUCAGAAAACGUUUGGAAACCAAAAUCAAGAAGAGCAGAAAUCUUGGCUUAAUUUCUUGGAUUCGACCCUCAUACCACACCUCAUCUGUAGCCAUGGAAGCUUCCUGUUUGACACAGGGUAUUCAAGGAGAGGCCUUGAAGACAUGGGUUAGUACAGGAAGAAAUCAAUCCUACCAUUGUCAUUUGUAUACUUUCAUGAAAUCCUGAUGAGGACCUGCUUUCUGUUUGUUUGUUUUCUUUUGAAACCCAACCCUAUUGUAUUUGUAUUUAAAAUUUGUACACAUUUGUAUAAUAAUCUGUACCUUGUGGUAUUUGGUACUAUUAGAGAAAAAACUUUGGAUUCAGACCUUCUUGCAGUUUUUAUAUCAUUGUUUUAUUUUUGUUUUUUAAAUACUAGUAGUUUGAUCCAAAUCCCAUUACAGUUGUAUAAAGAAAUAAAAUUUUGUACUUAUAUUAUUAAAAAUCACAUUUUUAAUAUUUGUAGUCCAGUCUCAGCUAUCUUUUCCCUGCUGCUAACUAAAGUAAACUACAAACUCAUAAAACCUCCAUUUUUCACAUUAUGUACUACCAUACUUUUCUAUUAAAAAAAGACAUCAGAGGUCAAGUUUCUAAUCUUACCCAUAUUCCUAACAUAUACCUUGCUCUGUUUCUAAUUUUUGAGUUAUGGAGCUUCUUCUUUUCUCUUUCCUGCAAAUGGCAAAUCCAGUGAAUCUGAGAACUGUGGCUGUAUUCAUUGGCAAAUGAAACUGUAAGUAUGUUACAGUGUUAACCUAAAUCAAGAAAAUAUCCACCAAUCUUACGUAAGAGGUGACUGCAUCUGAAUCAUGCAUUAUAAAUGAUAUAUUUCAUGCUGUUUCAGCACCAUCCGGACUUAGUGAUGUUGAAUAAAUCACUUAAUCUUCAUAAGUUUCCAAAUUCCAUCCAUAAAAUAGUUUAACAUCACCUGUCUGUCUCCAAGCCUGCAGCCAGCCAGCAUGAAAUGAAUGUUGAGUAAUAUUAUGAACAUUAAGUAUAUGGAGAUUUGAGCUUUCAAGAUAAAAUUUUCAAUGCAAACAAAAGGUGUUAAAAGACAUAAAUAGUGAUUUCAUAUAUUGAUUAAAAGGCUAUCUUAUGGAGAGACAGCAAGAGACUACCAUAUAGCUGAAUGACUUAUAGAGAGAGUGAUUUGCAUACUUUAUCUCAUUUAAUCCUACUGAAAGCCCUAUGAGGUGCAUUACCCCCCUUUACAGAUGAGGAAACAGAUGCAGAAAGUACUUUUCCUAAGUGCACGCAGCUAGUAAACGUCAGAGCCAAAAUAAGAACAAUGAUACAGCUAACCCCAAAGCCUAGGCUCUUUCUACCCUAAGCUGACACUUUCAAAUUUAAAUUACGUAUAUAAUUCAUUAGGAUCUUUCUCAAUUAUCUAUAGUACUGAGCAAAUGUGAUUAGAAAAGUGCUUAAAGAAUAUAAUAGAUCACAUUACAUCUAUGCAGUAUGUCAGUCUUAAGGGAUAUAACCAUUUUUACCCUCAGGAAGGUAUUUGAUAUUAAUGUUGCUAAUACACAUAAAAGGGAAAAUUAAAUUGAGACAACUUUUUACUAAAUGAGUGUGUUCCUUGUUAGCACACUUUUAAAACAUAGUUUUAAUCAGUUUUGUACUACACUUAAUGUUUGCCAUUCACAUUCCUAUCUAUGGUACUGUGUUCACAAAAUUCACAUACAUCCAUUUCUGUUUUAACAGCUGUCUUAGGCUGAGUUCUCUAGAGAAGCAAAAC